CUGGCAGAACUUCUCGAGCCCCACAAAGUGCUGGAAAGUAGCGCCGUGUUAUAGCCCCUAUCUGGUGUACCGUUAUACCUGCCGCGCUCGCGACUCUCUCACCGCCUAGCGGCGCACAGCGCGAGCGCGGACCGUUAUACGCAGCCAGUCCCAUACAAGUGACUCUCGCUUUUGUUUCCCCUUUUAUUUGUCUUCGCCUUGAGUUCACUUUAUAAAGCCUUUGAAUUCGAAAAAUAAUAAAUAAAAUCCAUUCUAUUCGAAUCGUUUACGUUACUCCUGCUGACCGUCACUGUUGGAUUUUCCCCCUUAGAUUCGAACGAACUGAAACUUAUUUUCUCCCUCAAAAUGUACCUGUUUGGUCCGAUGCGGGUGUUUUGGUUUCACGUGAAUCAGUUUGAGCGAUUGAAGUGGUGGAAAUGCUUUCAUAAAUACAUGUUUGGGAAUAGAGCGGUUGCUUUAGAAGAUUUUGAUUUAUUUUCGUUAACAGCAAACUUUGAUAUAUGUGCAGUGGGCUGUUCCGCUGUCUGCGUGGUAGCAGGUAACGUUAGCUAGCGAGCUAGCAGAAUCCUAAGAAUAACCUUUAUUAGGAGUAUGCAUUCAUGUUAGCAACUUAGAAUAAUAUUUAUGUAUACAUGGCUUUAUAUCGCCGUUGUGACAGUUUGGCUUGUUGUGCUAUCUAUGGUAGAGCUACAAGUCUCACUUUUGUCAUAUAGCUCAUAAGAAACCUGAUCACAGCAGCACACUUGUUCUCUGUGUUGCUGCGGGAUUGGAAAACAGUGGCAUGCGUGCAGUUCGCGGUGAUGUUUGACAGGGAAGUUUCUUCUUGAAGUUUACAAAGCAAAAAAUGAGGGUGUGUUUAUGUAACAGUCCUGCCAGUCCAGGCGUCCCUGCGGGAUCGGGGCUCAGGGCUCGGGAGCACGAUGCCGGUUACAGCAACCUGUUUGUGCAGCCAGCCUGCCACAUUUCUAGUUGGGUGGUAACGCUGAAGAGAAAAGGAAAGGAAUCUGAAGGGCUGUCUGCUGCUAGAACAACUGCUGCAGCCUAUAUAAGGAAUGCGUAUACAUCCCGAGCAGCGCAGAGAGUCCUGAUAAAUCGCGCUGCUGCAGCUGGAUUUACUGCACUGACAGUUUGUUUUUGGGGACUUUAUGCAUCCGCUUUGUAAUGCACGUCCGUAGCUGUGUAGGUUUCGGGUUUAUAACAUAAAGUCGUUGCUCUUUUGAAUUCUGACGAUUUAUCUGGUAAGCCGUGUCCAGAGAUAAAGAUGUGAGCCUGAGUAAUUUUACGAAGGAAAUCGAUAGUGAGAAACAUGAGGCGUGCUUUACUUAUCGCUUGCGCGCGUGAGCUAGGAAAUAUAAACUCGAAAAAACAUUUGCGUUCGUCCAAACUGUUAGAUCAAAAGUGCACCGUUCUUCAUUUCGUCUGUUCAUCUGUUGUGUUAAGUGUCUUUAUUUUUAUUUAUUUAUUUAUUUUUUGAGAAGAGAUGAGCAAAGACACUUUUCCACAGGCUGACGCCAUGCGCGCGCCUUGUAACGUAGCGGUUCUCUCAGCAGCAUGCGCGUGUGUGAGCGACCUGUGCCUACCUGAUCGGAGGGGAGGAUAAAAAUGUCACUUAGAUUUUCUUAAAUGCCAUUUGGCCAUCUCGCUGUUGUUUUUUUGCUACCUGAAAUUGCUGACAAGGAAGGAUUCCUUCUUUUUCUCUUUCUGAGAUACAUUGUCUCAUUUUGAAAGCAGACGGGAGGCGUUUCUCGUGCGUUGCAGCAAAUGUCAACUUGUGCAGUGAGUAACUACAGUCAUGUGCUGGAGGGCCAGUCAGACUCAGAUGAUGAAGAUAAGCUUCACAUCGUGGAGGAGGAAGGGAGUCUCUUGGACGGGGCUGACUGUGACAGUGUGGCCCCUGAUGAGGACCCUAAUGGGACCGUCGACCCUGACAGUAGAUGGGAUGAUGUGAAAGAGGAGUGUGUGUCAGAUGAGGAUGAGAGGAGCAGAGAUGCUUUGGUUGAGGAGAUGCUCCAGCAAGGAGACACGACCGUCAUCUUCCCGGAGGCUCCAGAAGACGAACCGCGACAGGGCACGCCAGAAACCAGCGGACAUGAUGAAAAUGGCACGCCAGACUCAUUUUCUCAGCUUCUUACAUGUCCCUAUUGCUCUCGUGGCUACAAGCGUUACACCUCACUGAAGGAGCACAUUAAAUACAGACACGAGAAGAGCGAGGACAACUUCAGCUGCUCUCUCUGCAGCUACACAUUUGCCUAUCGAACACAGCUUGACAGACACAUGACUGCACACAAAGCUGGCCGAGAACAGCGGCAUGUUACUCAGUCAGGUGGAGGAGGGAAUCGAAAGUUUAAAUGCACUGAAUGUGGCAAAGCCUUCAAGUACAAACACCACCUGAAAGAACACCUGCGCAUCCACAGUGGAGAAAAGCCUUAUGAGUGCUCCAACUGCAAGAAGCGUUUCUCUCAUUCAGGGUCCUACAGUUCCCACAUCAGCAGUAAGAAGUGCAUUGGCCUCAUCUCAGUAAACGGGCGGCCGCAAACUUCUCCCGCCACCGGGGCUGCUAAGACCCCUCAGUGCUCUUCCCCAUCCCUGCCAACCUCUUCCCCCACGGCCCGUGUCCAAGUCAGAGACAAACUGGACAAUAGCAAACCCCUUCAGGAACAGCUUCCCUUGACACAGAUCAAGUCUGAGCCACUGGACUAUGAGUACAAGCCUGUGGUGGUGGCCCCAUCUGCUAGAGGAAUAAAUGGCAUGUUCCAGGGUGGGGCGGCAGCCCCUCUUCAGGGUGCUGUACAGGCUGUUGUGCUCCCAACAGUGGGUCUAGUAUCCCCAAUCAGCAUCAACCUGGGGGACUUACAGAACGUGCUGAAGGUGGCAGUGGAUGGGAACAUCAUCAGGCAAGUGCUGGAAAGCACGCAAGCUAAGGGGCAGCAAGCAGGGACAGGAAUCAUUGGAGCAGGAGGGGUGGGAAUUGCCCAAGCAACCCAGCAAGUCAUACAGGCCAUUAGUCUUCCCAUCUUAGAUCAGGAUGGCACUGCGAAGAUCUACAUCAACUACAGUCUUGACCCUUCACAGGCCCAAGCACUUCUUCAAAGUCCAAAGAAGGAACCUUUGGUGUUGAACACUGAAGCCUGCAAGGCACAGAAGCUGCCAGAGGACCUGACGGUCAAGACUAAUAGGGACAAAACCACCAUCACUGUGGACAAGAAAAACAUUUUACACAAUGACACAACACUUAAGCACUGUGGUAAAGAUGGACACAGGGUAAAUGGGAAAAACCUUGAUGGGAAGAUAGACUUAGAGGAAGGACUGUGUCCUGGCCAGCCUACCCUGAAGAACCUUCUCACCUUGCUCAAGGCUUACAACGAGCCCACCAAGGAGGAGCUGGCAAAGAUAUCCGAGUCUGUCAGUCUUCCAGCAGAGGUGGUGAAGAAGUGGUUUGAGAAGAUGCAGUUGGGACAGAUAUCUCUAGAUCCCUCCUCCCCCCUAGCUGAGGAUGAGCAGACCACUCCUGGGGAUUUGGAUGGGACUAGAGGUGAAUCACCCAGACCAGAGCUGGAUAAGCAAAUUAACUCAGAGGAGCAAGGAGAGAGGGAAUGCUGUAGCCCAGCUGAGGGCCUAGCAGCUAGGGAGAAUGGGAUCGAGAGUGUCCCUACAUCCCCAUCACCAUUAAACCUAUCGGCCGAUGGUCCUGUCCCAGCCAGGACUCUUGAGGAAGGCGAGGGACCUCUCGAUUUGUCGCUACCAAAAUCUGCUGCUACAGCUGCUGUGGCUAGCGGUCACGUAAACACUGUUUACUCGGCUCAAGAGGAGCCACUGAAUUUAACUUGCACAAAGGAACUGCUCAGCAAUGCAAGCACCAAUGCUGCCAUAUAUGCCAGCCAACCAAGUGCCAAUCCCAUUAACAUCGUGACCACUCAACUGCCCACCCUAUUGGCUAUCACUGACCAGGGACAAGCGCAAUGUCUCCGUGCACUUACCACCACUAAACAGACCAUCCUGAUUCCGCAGCUGACUUACAGUUACACCACUACAUCCUCCAGCCCAGCAGGGAACGACACACCACAGAAGAAUGUUAUACACGUCAAUGGCAUCAAGGAAGAGAAACAGGAAAUGGGUUCAGAGGUCACCUCAACAUUGGAAGAACAAACAGACUCAGACUCAGGGCCGACGAGGAAGAAGAUGAAAAGGACGGAGAGUGGCCUGUACGCCUGUGACCUGUGUGACAAAAUCUUCCAGAAGAGCAGUUCACUGCUCCGCCAUAAAUAUGAACACACAGGAAAAAGGCCUCAUGAAUGUGGGAUCUGCAGCAAGGCCUUCAAACACAAGCACCACCUAAUAGAACACCUGCGCCUGCACUCCGGAGAAAAGCCGUACCAAUGCGACAAGUGUGGAAAACGCUUCUCCCACUCUGGCUCCUACUCACAACACAUGAACCACCGAUACUCCUACUGUAAGAAAGAGGCUAAAGGUCAAGGUCUAGGCCAGGGAGUCGAGGAAGAGGACAAUACUGGAGAGGGGCAGCCUCAAACGGGCAGCACAGCGACCUCACCCCCUUCCCACCUGGAUUCGGAUGAGCGGGGGAGUAGUACCAGAGAGGAUGAGAGCGAGGAGGAGGAUGAUAUAGGCUCGGGGAGCUUAGUGGACGAGGAUGAGAUUCAGGUGGUCAAGAUUGGAGAGGAGGGAGAUGAAGACGACCAGGGAGCAGAUGAAGACCAGGAAGGAGAGAGGAUGGAAGGGGCGGAACAAGAAGAUGGUGACGAGGAAGGCGAGAGUGAGGAAAAUGACGGACAGACGCUGAAAGUCGUAGUAAUGCAGGAUGAAUGUGAAGACGAAAACGGAGAGGAGGAGCAAUCGGCGCAGGAGGCCAUGGACACAGGAACUCAUGAACACACGAAGGACACAACAGAAAGAGAGAACCCAGAGGAUGAUGAGAGAAGGAUUGAAAAUGAAGAAAACACAGCCACUAUGAAUGGAGACGUGAAGUGAAGUAGAAGCCACAACUGUGUUUUUACGACCCUUAUUCCUUAAGACAUUGUUUUACAAAGUUACUGAUUUGAAGGAACAAAAAGGACGUUUUCUCUCCGCAGAUGUUUCUCCGUCUUCCUGAGAACUGACUGCGUUAAGACGAGAAUGAGAUGAGGAAGAGCGCGUGACCGCUCUUACGCUGCAUUUAAACCCACUACUGUGUAUAAACCCCCAGGUGUGCCUGAUAAAUACGAAAUAGUUACUUUUUCCACAUAAAGACAAUUUCCAGUGUUUUAAGUAUAGUUUGUAUAAAUGCAAAGUUUAAUGAGCAAAACAAAAAAGAAAAUGACGCAUAUACAAACUGAAAGCGAUACACGUUUUGGCUAAUAAUGUUUUAUUACUAAAACGCCUUGGGUCAAUUUCUUUAAUCAGUAUUACUAAUUUUUUUGUCACUCUCGGUUUACCCUCAAAAACUGUACAGUUGGGAGAGAGAGAUUUCUAUACGUUUUUAUUGCCACUGAACGAAACUCAGUAUUUUCUUGCAUUUGAAAAAAAAAAAGUAUCCUGUGCACUACCAUAUUCCCAGUUUACCUACGGAACACCUAUGGCCUUGUGUUGUUUAAUGUCUACCUUCCAGUAUUAGCGCCCCAGACGUUAUUCCCCAAGCCAUGCGAAGUGCUCGCUAGCACAACAUUUGUCUCUAGUCUCUUUUCAAGAAGGACUGUGAGCCUUAAAAUGUUAAAAGAUUGAUGUGGGUAUGGUGGGAGGGCUUUAAUGAAUCCCAAAAAGCCAUGACAUUAAAGAAAAAACGUAGUAAUCCCGGACAGCUGGUUUUAGACGUUCCAGGUGCUCGCCAUCAGUCCCUUCCCCACCCAUCAUCCACCCUUAUGCAAAAACAUGCAUGUUGGAAGUGCCAUUGGACAGUGCUGUGCAGCACACUCGCGUGGGGCUCAUGCUGUCUCUUGAUUUUGGUAGCAAAAUUUUGGACCCCUUGCACCUAAACCACUAGUCCUGACUUAAGGACAAGACUGCCUCUUUUUUUUUUGAUCAAUCCAGUAAGGACUACACUGCAUCAAGAAUUCAGGAAAGACGAUCAAUGAGCAAAAAGGAGACAAAAGCAGCUCUUUUUUCAGCCUUGAAGUAUUUUUCCGCUGUUUGGUGCACUUGUUUCUCUUGUUAUCUUUAGCUGCACGAUAAUUUUUCUUCAGGUAACAAAUGUAGGCAGAUAUGAUCAAUGAAGAAUUUUUUUGUUUCCUUCCGUCAGCCUUUUUACCCAUCAGUAUUAAUUUUGUCUCGUUUGUAAUGAAGUUUUUUUUCAUUGUUGUUUGUUUCAGUGAAAAUCAUGUAAUGUUUUUUUGUUGUUGUUGUCAUUUUGUUUUUUUUUCUGUAAAGGCAGUAUUACCCCUCACAUCCUUCACCAGUAUAACUUUACAUUUUUAGUUUUAGAGACCUUUUAUAUUUAUGUGUCUUAUUUUUGUAUUUUUUCUUUAUGGUUAUUUAUUACACAAUGUAGUGUACAAUACUGUAGUUUGUAUUAAUACAAUAAUAUAUUUUAGUAUGAAGAAUAAUUUCGAAGAUAAAUGAAAUCAAAGCUGGGGAAGGAACUCUAGCAGUUCAAAGUGUUCUAAAAAAGUAUUAUUUUCAAAUUUUCAAAAUGCAUUGUUUGAAAAAACAAAAAACUCCCCUAAACUAUAUCAGAGCUGUUAGCUUUUACACAUCACUUUCAUGUUAUUGUCUCUUACCCCACUAUACUUUGAAGCUACUGAAUUGUAUGAUAUACACGCAUGAGUCCUUGCUGUUGUAUCAAAAGACUGUCCUUCGCCAUGAAACUGUGCUGCCCUUUUAAUGAAGCCAAAACAUCAUCAUUGUGUUGUUUUUUUUUUUAUUGUGCCAAUUUGUAACUCUCUUUGUCUACAUCAAGGCAAAAAAGUAUUUUAUAUGUCCCUGUUUUAACCUUUUUAGUGCUAGCUUUUUGUUUGAUUGUUUGUUUUUUUUUAAAUGACCCCCCCAUCUCACAAUAAAAUACUUCAAGAAGUCAA